AUGCAACAGCAGACGCUUCUCACCAUUAUCCUAUUCCCUCUCAUCGUACUUGCGUUCGUCUUAGUCAUCUUUGCGUAUAUCUACGUGAGGAUCUAUGCCAUUCCUCGCUCACCAAGACCCACUACUCUCGUCCAUCGACGUACGGCCUUCAAGCGAGAUUACCCAACCACCAACAUCCCAGACUAUUCACUUCUACCCGUCCAUACGUUCCCAGCGACUACUAUCACCCACAGCCAAGCUCCAUCCCCUGCCUCGAUAUCAUAUCCCCUCUGCACCACUCGUACCCGAUGCGCCAGUCCCCAAGUCCAAGAAGACAUAUCAUGGGACAACAUCUCCCUCUUAUCAGAGUCAGCCUGGCGGCCACUCACCCUCCCGCCCCUCGCAGACGACGUCCCCUAUUUCCCCGAUCCAAAAACCCUAACCCCACGCCAUCCUUCCCAAGCCCACACAAGGACAUCCUCCUGCGACAGCGACGUCCUUCCAUUCUCCGAGUCCCUACACACGCUCGUACCCGUACCCGUGCCCGUCCAUGACUCGGACAGAGUCUACACCGACACUCACGAUUCCGUCGAGUCUUCAUCCACAUCCAUGACCAUCCGAGAUCGAAGAUCACCAGAGGAGUUCCCCGUCUCCCCAUCUACACCCGGCCACCUCGCUUCCUCCCCACUCGCAUUACCUUCGUUUCCUUUACCUACGACUCUGAGAGCAUCUCGCCCGGUCGAACAGAUCGAACGUCGUCGGUCGGUAUCGGUGGCAGCUCCUUUCGUUCUAACACAAGAAGACCAAGGAGACUCAGAGGUCAUCAUUCCUAUCUUAUUCCACAAUACUGGCAGUACGACCUUCGAACCAGACCAUGACAGUACGAGCGCAUCCCAUCGCUCCAGUGUCCCCUCCUGGCUCCCGUUCAUCUCUGCAUCCAAACGAAGGGGGUCGGCGAAUACAUUAGACACGACGUCCGCGUACCACACCCGUCCCAGGUCAUCGAGACGGAGCUCCGAUAUCGGGUCGAUACUUCCUCCUUCUCAUAGUCAAGGCUCUGGAGGAAGUCAGCGUUCAUCCUCGGGUUAUGAAUCUUUUGAUAUUGAUGGUUUGAUAGACGAUCUCGUUCAGCGGUCGCCCGUGUGGUGA